UACGGGGUCACACCUGCUGUUACGUUAACAACCAAAAUCCAAUUUGUUUAUUAAUUAAAACAAAGAACCUGACAGCAUGGCUUAAGAUUUAGGAACGCAAUCAAUAGUUGGACACAAUGACUGCAGAUCUGGCCCUGGACUCAGGAGCUCUUGCAGCGCACAUCAGCAUGCAGGACCCAGCGCCAAAAUUUUCAUUUCUGCAUGCCCUGUUAGCUGGUGGAGUGGCUGGCGUAGUGGUCGACAUCGCCCUCUUUCCCAUAGACACGGUAAAGACGAGACUUCAAAGCGAAUUGGGCUUUUGGCGGGCCGGCGGCUUUCGUGGUAUCUACAAAGGCCUGGCACCGGCAGCUGCUGGCAGUGCACCCACAGCGGCGCUCUUCUUUUGUGCCUACGAGUGCGGCAAGCAGUUCUUCAGCUCUGUCACCAAUACCAAAGAUUCCCCAUAUGUCCACAUGGCGGCAGCAUCUACAGCAGAAGUGCUGGCCUGUCUUAUCCGCGUGCCCGUGGAGAUAGCCAAACAGCGUUCGCAGACCCUGCUUGGGCACAAGCAGCAGCAGUCGGCGCUCCAGAUUCUGAUGCGUGCCUAUCGCACGGAAGGACUGCGUCGUGGUCUCUAUCGUGGCUUUGGCUCCACCAUCAUGCGCGAAAUUCCAUUCAGCUUAAUACAGUUCCCGCUGUGGGAGUACUUUAAGCGCCAGUGGACACCAGUGACGGGCUACGAGUCAACGCCACUAACUGUUGCGCUGUGCGGAGCGGUAGCUGGCGGCAUUUCAGCCGGCCUCACAACUCCGUUGGAUGUGGUCAAGACACGAAUUAUGCUAGCAGAACGAGAGAGCCUCACGCGGCGUCGCAGCCCUCACAGCAUUCUCCAUGGCAUUUAUCUGGAACGAGGCUUCAGCGGUCUGUUUGCUGGAUUUGUGCCGCGCGUGCUGUGGAUCACACUUGGCGGGGCAUUCUUCUUUGGAUUCUACGACCUAACAACGCGCCUGUUGGGCGCCACAAAUACUGACCAUUAAAUUAGUUUGAUUAUUUGUAUACCCAAGGUAGAGGCACAUGGAUUGUUUUAGUAUGUAAGCUGAGGGAUGACAACCACCCACAGGAUGAACAAUGUAGACAGUAAACUGUAUGGAAGUUUCUUUGCAAGA